AUGUCUGUUCCAACCCACAUUAGCCAGUACACUCAGUACAAGCAGGACACUAACGACGUUGCCGCAUGGCUACUGACCGCUCAUCCGGACUUCAAGCAGCCCAAGGGGCCCGGCCGAUUGAAGGGCAGGGCGCGCAGGGCCGCCAGGGAGGAUGCCGAGGCAGGUAGCACAGCACCUCCCCAGGACCCUAAAGAAUACACUCUAACUCUUAAGGAGUUUGUAGAGCGGGCGACAAAGAUCGUCGCUACUCAACAUGUCAAGGCAGUGCCGCGGCUGGUGGCCAUCAAACUGCGGCGCUCAAUCGUGCGCCGCCGGUACCAGCAGCGGUACUACGAGCACGGCGACGGCGACGCCGACUCCAAUGCCAGCCAUGCACACUUCACCAGCGUGCUAGAAGAUGUAGAGAAAGUUCUCAUGCCUCUCCUACCGAAAGAGUUCCAGAAGAAGGCCAGACAAGGGGCGGACGAGGAUGAUGCUGAAGCAGCGGCGCUGAUCAACCGGUUUGAGGCUUUGAAGGUCGAAGAGGUCGCGAACGAGGCCCCGGACAGCCACGCAGCCGCCGACUCCACUGAAGCUUCGCCAACCGUCGCGGUAAACUGCAAGAUUGCUGAGGAGGAGGUCAACACCCCGUCUCCCAUCUUUGCGCUGGAGCUGUUACUGGAGGAUCUGUGGAUGGUGACGCACCACGUGCGGGAAUCGUGGCAGAUGUAUCGGGAGGGACGGAUGUCGCUCGAGGCCGCAUCGGUGGCGACUGAGACGGCUCACCACCUUUUCUACAACACCGAGUGCGAGAUCCGGGGAGCUGGCGGGAUUGACGAUUGUCCAGGCGGUUGGCCAAGUGCAAUGUACAAGAUCUACAUGGCGCGCCAGAAGGCACAGGAACAAGGCGAAACCCAAGGGGAAAGCUCAGGGUUUUUCCAAUUCCUCGAAGACCUUAUGAACAUAUGGGAGGCGCUCCUGGUCCUUUUGGACGAGAGGAGAAGCCUGGCUAUUUCAGACCUUCUUCAUGUCCAGCUGCCAACAUGUGACUGGGCCAGAGACGACCGGCACCUGCUCCAGCGGUUGCUCCUCGACGAGGCCAUAGUACAGAAUCGAAUCUUCUCGGCUACCCCCCAAGUAGACUCUCUACCAGGGGUGGACCAGUUCGGGUUGUAUUUGUACCACGCGUGUGAGGAUAGCGCAGUUUCGUUGACAACGCUUUAUCUUACCGUGUUCUACCUGGAGAUGCGAUUGACCAUGGGGUCGGAGAGUGGCAAGGCAUGGCCUGAGCUCCGAACCUUCCUGGAGACUACGACGCCGGAGGUCAUUCAAGCCGCUCAGCGCUAUGGGUAUCUCUCCAGUAGAGGUGGGAUGUCCAGCAAAGUACUGGAGUGUCAAAACGGUUGGCUGGAACAGGCGGAGAUUGUGACCGACGACAGCGGCGCUGACUCCCCUCUCAUAUCCGCCCGGUCCACCUCGCAAGACCGCGCCCCCUCGCAUCGCCGCAUCCCUUGGUUCAGCUCCAAUCCCUGGCUAUGCGGACGGCUGUUGAUUAUCUACAAGACUCUCGCUUACGAGCUUGGCCUCUAUUGGUCCAAUUGUGCCCCAACCCCCCUCGUAGUAUGCCACCUCUACAACGCGGCAAAGAAGGAAAAAGCCCUGCCAGAUGGAUGGUCGUGGCCCGGUGUGGAGAGUCUGCUGGAUACCUAUCCGGAAAUGUUCUUUAGCCACCAACGGCCAAGGGCCUGGUCUAACUAUUCCCAAUCGGUGAUGAAGGCCCUAGGUGGCGGGAUUGAAACUGUGAGAAGAGAAGGGAGAAGAUAUGCGGGAAGAAACGCACGAAGAGCCGCGAGAGCAGACCCAGGAAGACACAGUGUAAAUCUGACCAAGAUAUGGCAAUUCCCGCAGCGCAUUUUCACGCUUGCGGAAAUCAAAUCCCGCUGGUUUAAAGGCAAGGAUGAGUGGACCGCAGAUGAGAUCACGCGUAUUCUGCAGGAGUCUCUGCUGUGCCGAAAGUUUGUGAAAUCCACCAUCCGCCGCGGGGCCGAGCCAAAGCUGAGUAUGGUUGAUGCCUUGAGACGGCUGCGAAAGUGUAUCAAUGUAGAACUGGCAGUUUUAAAUGACGAAACCUGGAUACAAUAUCAUAAUCUCUCUUGGGAUAUUUGCACCAGGAUCGGGACGGAGAUCACAGCGGUACGCGAGGACGCACUGGAGCUUGGUUACACAGAAGAGCAUAACUUUCUGAUUGUGCAUACCCUCUUCGAAACCAAAGAUCAGAAAUUGCUUCAAGAAGCAGCUCGAAUUAUGCAAGCGGUUGUCUCGGAAGUAUGA